GAAUCCCACACUCUCUCAAUUUUUCCUCUCGUUUUUCUUCUUCUUCUAAAGCUAUAGGAAAACCCUGGCCAAAAUUGUCACCUUAGAAUUCUCCGAGUCCGUUUUCUCAAACCGAACGGCGUCGUUUUAGAUCUCACCGGAGAGUGUGUCUCAGCCGCUCUCUCUCUGAUUCGGAUCUACAAAUACAAGUCCGUGUUAAUCUCCUGAAAAACCUCAAGAUUAGGAGUCUAAAUCCGUGUUUAACAACGCAUUUGAAUACAAAACAAAUAUCAUCUAGUAUUUACUAAUCUGAAAAAAUCCUGAUUCUGAUUUUGUGAAUAAUGUUGGCGGCGAGCUCCGGUUCCGUUCUCCAACUCCGAACCAAGCCUUCCGGUUCCUCCUCCGUCCUCGCUUCUCCUCAGCUCAAUGCGUCGCCGAUAGCGCGGCUCGGCUGCGGCAGAGCCACCGCGCGGUCCGCUUCCAAAGCUGUUGCGAAGAAGUUCUUCGGGACGCGGUUGAGGGCCGUCGGAUCCGAGAGGCUCCACUUAUGGCGAUCCGACGGCCCCGGCCGCUCCCCGAAGCUCCGGGUGGUGGUCCGGUCCAUGCUCUCCGCCGUGCCGGAGAAGCCGCAAGGCUUGUACGACCCGGCGAUGGAUAAGGACUCGUGCGGUGUCGGCUUUGUCGCGGAAUUGUCCGGCGAAAGCAGCCGGAAAACGAUUACGGAUGCUUUGGAAAUGCUGGUGAGGAUGACACAUAGAGGAGCUUGUGGAUGUGAAACCAACACUGGUGAUGGAGCUGGUGUUCUUGUGGCGAUUCCUCACGAUUUCUAUAAGGAGGCUGCCAAAGAAAUUGGGUUUGAGCUUCCAGCACUUGGUGAGUAUGCUGUUGGUAUGCUCUACUUGCCGACAUCUCAGAGUCGCAGGGAGGAGAGCAAAAAUGUGUUUACAAAGGUUGCCGAGUCUCUUGGACAUACCGUGCUCGGGUGGCGGUCUGUUCCAACUGACAACUCAGAUUUGGGGAAGUCUGCUCUGCAGACAGAACCUGUCAUUGAGCAAGUGUUCCUUACCCCAACUCCAAGGUCAAAAGUUGAUCUCGAGCGCCAGAUGUAUAUACUUAGAAGGGUUUCAAUGGUUGCCAUCCGUGCUGCGUUAAACCUUCAACAUGGUGGCGCUAAAGAUUUCUACAUAUGUUCACUUUCAUCGAGGACGGUUGUGUACAAGGGUCAGCUGAAACCCGAACAGCUGAAGAAUUACUACUAUGCAGAUCUUGGCAAUGAAAGGUUUACGAGCUACAUGGCCCUGGUACAUUCACGGUUCUCAACAAAUACUUUUCCCAGCUGGGACCGUGCUCAGCCUAUGCGUGUCAUUGGCCACAAUGGAGAAAUCAACACCCUUAGAGGAAAUGUUAACUGGAUGAAGGCCCGUGAGGGACUGCUCAAGUGUACUGAACUUGGUUUAUCAAAAAAUGAAUUGAAGAAGCUGUUACCGAUUGUGGAUGCCAGUUCUUCCGAUUCAGGAGCAUUUGAUGGUGUCCUUGAGCUUCUGGUUCGAGCUGGUAGAAGCCUCCCCGAAGCUAUUAUGAUGAUGAUUCCUGAAGCAUGGCAAAAUGACAAGAACAUGGAUCCUGAUAAGAGAGCACUGUAUGAGUAUUUCUCAUCUCUCAUGGAGCCAUGGGAUGGGCCAGCCCUAAUAUCAUUUACUGAUGGGCGCUAUCUGGGAGCUACAUUGGAUCGGAAUGGACUCAGACCAGGUCGCUUUUAUGUCACCCACAGUGGACGAGUUAUUAUGGCGAGUGAAGUUGGGGUUGUAGAUGUACCUCCAGAAGAUGUCUGCAGGAAAGGAAGACUUAACCCUGGAAUGAUGCUUUUGGUGGAUUUUGAGAAUCAUAAAGUGGUAGAUGAUGAAGCCUUGAAGAAGCAAUAUUCAUUGGCAAGGCCGUACGGGGAGUGGCUUAAAAGGCAAAAGAUUGAGCUCAAGGACAUAGUUGAUUCUGUUAAUGAAUCUGACAGGAUCCCUCCAUCCAUAGCUGGAGUUGCUCCUGCAAAUAAUGAUGAUGAAAACAUGGAAAACAUGGGAGUCCAUGGUUUGCUGGCACCAUUGAAGGCUUUUGGCUACACAGUUGAAGCCUUAGAGAUGUUAUUGCUUCCUAUGGCAAAAGAUGGUGUAGAGGCUCUUGGUUCAAUGGGGAAUGAUACCCCCUUGGCUGUUAUGUCCAACAGAGAAAAACUUACAUUUGAGUAUUUUAAGCAAAUGUUCGCUCAAGUGACAAACCCUCCAAUUGAUCCAAUUAGAGAGAAGGUAGUCACUUCUAUGGAAUGUAUGAUCGGUCCAGAAGGUGAUCUAACAGAAACCACUGAAGAACAAUGCCACCGUCUCUCGCUCAAGGGUCCUCUUGUAGGCAUUGAAGAAAUGGAGGCAAUCAAGAAAAUGAAUUAUAGAGGUUGGCGCUGUAAGGUUCUUGACAUAACUUACUCCAAGGAACAUGGUAGAAAGGGAUUGGAGGAGACCUUAGAUAGAAUCUGUGCUGAGGCCCGUGAGGCAAUUAAAAAGGGAUACACGACCCUUGUGCUUUCAGACAGAGCCUUUUCCCCGAAACGAGUCGCCGUAAGCUCACUAUUGGCUGUUGGUGCUGUUCAUCAACAUCUGGUUAAAAAUCUCGAGCGAACUAGAGUAGGGUUGAUAAUUGAAUCUGCUGAGCCACGUGAAGUACAUCAUUUCUGUACGUUAGUUGGAUUUGGUGCCGAUGCUAUCUGCCCCUACCUGGCCGUAGAGGCCAUUUGGAGAUUGCAGGUCGAUGGAAAGAUCCCACCAAGGUCUAAUGGUACAAUAUAUUCCAAGGCCGAACUAGUUAAAAAGUACUUCAAAGCAAGCAACUAUGGAAUGCAGAAGGUUCUUGCUAAGAUGGGCAUAUCUACUUUGGCCUCUUACAAGGGUGCACAGAUUUUUGAAGCUCUUGGUCUUUCAUCUGAAGUGAUCGAGAGAUGCUUUGCAGGAACUCCUAGUAGAGUCGAGGGUGCAACGUUUGAGAUGCUUGCUCGCGAUGGACUUCAUCCGCAUGAUUUAGCAUUCCCCUCUCGUGCUUAUCCCCCUGGUAGCGCUGAAGCUAUGGCACUACCAAAUCCUGGGGAUUAUCAUUGGAGGAAAGGCGGUGAGGUUCACCUAAAUGAUCCUUUUGCUAUUGCCAAGCUUCAGGAGGCUGCCAGAACUAACAGUGUGGCGGCCUACAAAGAGUACUCCAAGCUCAUUCAUCAAUUAAAUAAAGCCUGCAAUCUCCGUGGUCUUUUGAAAUUUAAAAGCACAGGUCAGCAAAUUCACUUGGAUGAAGUAGAACCAGCCAGUGAGAUUGUUAAACGGUUCUGUACUGGGGCAAUGAGUUAUGGAUCAAUAUCAUUGGAGGCACACACUACACUGGCUAUUGCUAUGAACAAAAUGGGGGGAAAGUCAAAUACAGGUGAGGGAGGUGAGCAGCCAUCUCGUAUGGAGCCUCUUUCUGAUGGCUCGAGGAAUCCAAAGAGAAGUGCAAUCAAGCAGGUUGCAAGUGGGAGAUUUGGAGUUUCAAGUUACUAUCUUACAAAUGCUGAUGAACUUCAAAUAAAAAUGGCUCAGGGGGCCAAGCCUGGGGAAGGAGGCGAGCUUCCUGGUCACAAGGUUAUCGGAGACAUUGCUGUUACUAGGAAUUCCACUGCUGGUGUGGGACUUAUCAGUCCACCACCCCAUCAUGAUAUCUACUCGAUUGAAGAUCUUGCUCAAUUAAUUCAUGAUCUCAAGAAUGCUAACCCAGGGGCUCGAAUUAGUGUUAAGCUAGUAUCUGAAGCUGGUGUAGGAGUAGUUGCCAGUGGAGUUGUGAAGGGGCAUGCCGACCAUGUUUUAAUUGCCGGACAUGAUGGAGGCACUGGGGCUUCUAGAUGGACUGGCAUUAAGAAUGCUGGGCUUCCAUGGGAACUUGGCUUGGCUGAGACCCAUCAGACCUUGGUUGCUAAUGAUCUUCGUGGUCGCACAGUUCUCCAGACAGACGGACAACUAAAAACUGGAAGAGAUGUGGCCAUAGCCGCACUUCUUGGUGCCGAAGAGUUUGGAUUUAGCACGGCACCCCUAAUAACCCUUGGCUGCAUUAUGAUGCGGAAGUGCCACAAGAACACCUGUCCUGUAGGAAUUGCCACCCAAGAUCCAGUACUUCGUGAGAAGUUUGCUGGAGAACCAGAACAUGUUAUCAACUUUUUCUUCAUGGUAGCUGAGGAGGUGAGAGAGAUAAUGGCACAACUUGGUUUUAGAACACUAAAUGAAAUGGUUGGUCGUUCAGAUAUGCUUGAAGUCGACAAAGAAGUUACUAAAGAUAAUGAGAAGCUGAACAAUAUUGACCUCUCCCUGUUGCUUAGACCUGCUGCCGACAUUCGGCCUGAUGCUGCACAAUAUUGUGUUCAGAAACAAGACCAUGGGCUGGACAUGGCCCUCGACCACAAACUUAUUUCACUGUCCAGUUCUGCUAUUGAGAAGGCUCUUCCUGUAUACUUUGAAACUCCGGUGUGCAAUGUGAACCGUGCUGUUGGAACGAUGCUCAGUCAUGAGGUGACCAAACGUUACAACAGGGAAGGGCUUCCUGCAGACACCAUCCAUAUCAAAUUCAAUGGAAGUGCUGGCCAGAGUCUUGGAGCUUUCCUCUGCCCUGGCAUCACGCUUGAGCUUGAGGGUGACAGCAAUGAUUAUGUUGGGAAAGGAUUGUCUGGUGGCAAAAUUAUAGUUUAUCCCCCCAAGGGAAGCAAGUUUGACCCGAAAGAAAACAUUGUUAUUGGUAAUGUAGCACUUUAUGGUGCCACUAGUGGGGAGGCAUAUUUCAAUGGAAUGGCAGCAGAAAGAUUCUGUGUUCGCAAUUCGGGGGCUAGGGCAGUAGUUGAAGGUGUUGGUGACCAUGGCUGUGAGUACAUGACAGGUGGCACUGUUGUUGUGCUUGGAAAGACUGGUAGGAACUUUGCUGCUGGUAUGAGCGGUGGUAUAGCCUACGUUCUUGAUAUCGAUGGACUGUUUUUGUCUCGAUGCAAUCCUGAGCUUGUUGAUCUUGAGAAAGUUGAAGAAGAAGAAGAUAUGAUGACUCUUAAAAUGAUGAUACAACAGCACCAACGUCAUACAAAAAGUAUGCUGGCCAGUGAAGUAUUGGCCGACUUUGAGAAUCUUUUGCCUAAAUUCAUCAAGGUAAUCCCCAGAGAGUACAAACGUGCACUUGAAAAUCUGAGGGAGGAGGCCUCCAAGCAGGCAGUCGAAGAUGCUGAUGAAGAAGCUGAGAUGCAAGAGGAGGAACUGGAACUAAAACAGAAAGAUGCAUUUGAAGAGCUUAAGAAGAUGGCAUCCGCAUCUCUAAAUGGGACUUCCAAUCAGGUAGAAGAUGCUGAGACGUUGAAGAGACCCACUGAGGUCAGCAAAGCUGUUAAACACCGGGGUUUCAUCUCUUAUGAGCGUGAAGGUGUGCAGUACAGGGAUCCUAAUGUUCGGAUGAAUGACUGGAAUGAAGUUAUGGAGGAAACUAAACCUGGCCCACUUGUGAAUACUCAGUCUGCCCGUUGUAUGGACUGUGGCACCCCUUUCUGCCAUCAGGAGAAUACUGGGUGUCCUCUUGGAAACAAAAUACCCGAGUUCAAUGAGUUGGUGUACCAGAAUAGGUGGCAGGAAGCACUAGAGAGACUUCUUGAGACAAAUAAUUUCCCCGAGUUUACUGGUCGAGUGUGUCCGGCACCAUGUGAAGGUUCAUGUGUUCUGGGUAUAAUUGAGAAUCCUGUCUCUAUCAAAAGCAUUGAAUGUUCCAUCAUAGACAAGGCUUUUGAGGAAGGUUGGAUGGUGCCACGGCCUCCUGUCAAGAGAACUGGGAAAAAGGUCGCCAUUGUUGGAAGUGGGCCUGCUGGGCUAGCUGCUGCAGAUCAACUAAACAGAAUAGGUCACACAGUGACAGUUUAUGAGCGUGCUGAUAGAAUUGGAGGGCUUAUGAUGUAUGGAGUGCCUAAUAUGAAGGCUGAUAAAGUUGAUGUAGUCCAACGGCGUGUUAACCUUAUGGCGGAGGAAGGUGUCAACUUUGUGGUCAAUGCUAAUGUUGGAAGUGAUCCUGCCUACUCAUUUGACCGCCUUCGGGAGGACAACAAUGCAAUUAUUUUGGCCGUAGGCGCAACUAAACCAAGGGACCUACCCGUGCCAGGACGAGAGCUAUCCGGAGUACAUUUCGCUAUGGAGUUUCUUCAUGCAAACACCAAAAGCUUGCUUGAUAGCAAACUCGAGAAUGGCAACUACAUUUCUGCCAAGGGUAAAAAGGUUGUGGUCAUUGGUGGAGGUGACACUGGCACUGAUUGCAUUGGAACCUCUGUUCGCCAUGGCUGUACUAAUGUCGUAAAUUUAGAGCUUCUCCCUCAGCCACCACAAACAAGGGCUCCAGGAAACCCUUGGCCACAGUGGCCUCGUAUAUUCAGAGUAGAUUAUGGGCACGCAGAAGUUGCAGCCAAGUUUGGCAAAGAUCCAAGAACUUAUGAGGUGCUGACCAAGAGGUUUGUGGGAGAUGAGAAUGGGGUUGUGAAAGGACUUGAGAUAGUACGUGUCAAAUGGGAGAAGGAUGCUACUGGCAGGUUCCAAUUUAAGGAAAUCGAGGGCUCUGAGGAGAUCAUUGAGGCGGACCUUGUCCUUCUUGCAAUGGGGUUCCUUGGACCCGAGGCGGCAAUUGCAGAGAAGUUGGGUCUGGAGUGCGACAACCGCUCAAACUUCAAGGCAGAUUACGGUCGCUUCUCAACCAAUGUGGAUGGGGUCUUUGCCGCUGGGGACUGCCGCCGUGGUCAAUCCCUGGUUGUGUGGGCAAUCUCAGAGGGACGGCAAGCAGCUGCUCAGGUCGACAACUACCUAUGCAUGGAAGAAGUAGACCACACAAACAGCAGCAAUGGGAGCCCUGAAUCUGAUCUCUUGAAGCAGCAGCAUCAUUUCAGCAAGAGUCAAAAGACAGUGGCAAGCACUCCAUAGAUGACUCAGAUGAUCUGGUAAAUCAUGAUUCUAAAUUAGAGAACCAAGGCACAGCAACACAGAUGGCCUCUUUUU